AUGGGAUUAAUUCAUUUGUGCGAAAAAGUGCAGGCCACUUCAAUUCGGGACCUGCCCUCCUCUAAGCUUCCACCUUACCACAUCACUGGACCAAGCCUCGACACAACCUUGGUCCGGGCUCAUUCUUUCACCGUCCAUGGUAUUCCACUGCAAUCCAAUUGUGAAUCUCGAGCUAUCCUUUGCCGCUUCGCACGGUUCGUCGGUGAUGUUGUCGGCUCAGACCGUAUCGCAUUCUUUGCAGAUGCACCAGAUACCGGGCAUACAUUGGUUCAGGCUGUUAUUCCAGUCCGCGCAGCUACGGGUGUGACACCCGAACCGAAGCUGGAUUUUUUUGAAGGCGUAACCCACAUCGAUGAUAUUGACUUCAAACUUCUCAUUACGGCAUACAGCGGGUCACGUACAACCAAUGGAAUCGCCGCCUCUGCACAAAAGGGCCCCUUUGUUCUUUCGGUAGUUUACACCCAAGAGGACAGAGCCGAUGUUACUCUUCAACUACGGGGCGACUACGGCGGCUGGAUUGCUGCAAAGCACCUGGUCAAAUUGGCUGUAGCCUACUUGACUUCCGGAUUAUCAGAUAUCAUCGCAACUGGGGCAGGGCUGGACCCAUCCCGAGUCAAUUUUGAGUCUUUCCUGCAAGUCACACCGCAGAUUCAACACAAAAAGCCAGUUAUCAAUGGCUUCAAGACCAACGGACACAUCAACUCCCGCCUGCUUCAUUCUGCGUUUGAGGAAAAUGUUCGACGACACCCCCACAAUGUUGCUAUCGAGUAUCUGUGUCGGGCUACAUCCUCGCGAUCAAGACAGCAUGCAUACGAUCGACGCGACCUCACAUAUGCUGAGGUUGAUAAUCGAGCUGAGGACCUCGCCUCUGAGCUCGGACUUCUGCUACAGGUUCUAGGGAGGCAGUGGUGUCCAGCCUUAGGUGACCAAUACGCAUUCCCCCUCUUCAUUUCACCUAGCCCGGAGCUAUUUCUCUCAAUGUUAGCCGUUCUCAAGUCUGGCCAUGCAUUCUGUUCCCUACCAGCCGAUGCGCCACCAGAGCGACUACGGGCCAUCGUCGAAGACCUUGGCUCCCCAAUUGUCCUGGGAGUCGGCCCAGUGCCCUGGAAUGGUAUUGCUGGAUCUCAGUCUGAGCGUGAGCAGCUUGCAGAGGGGAUCAUGUGGAUCGAUAUUACCAACCCCUCGAGCUGGCGAAUGGAUUGCAUCAUUCCGGACACAGGAAAAUCAUCGUCUAUUGGCCUUCGAAUUCCUUCCGAAGACGAUCUUUGCUACCUCUUCUACACAAGUGGGUCAACCGGGAAGCCUAAGGGUGUGCUCGGAAGUCAUCGCUCAGCCUUGGCCUGCGUGGAAGCAACGAUCGAAGGGCCACUCUCACAUCUUCCUGCUGGUCCGCGGGUGCGCUGGUUGAACCUGAGCGCACCAUCCUUUGACCCCGUCAUCAUUGAUACUUUUGUACCACUAUCUCUUGGCGGGGUUCUUUGUACCGCUGAUCGUGACCUUCUUCUCACCGAUGUCGAAUCAUGUGCACGCGAACUUCGUGCCACUGCUUCUUACGCUGUCGCCAGUCUGGCACUUCUCAUGCGACCGGAGCGGAUGCCCUCGCUGAAGACACUGAUUGUAGGUGGAGAGUCUGUGAACGGUCGAGUGAUAGAGAAAUUCGCACGCGUGGAAGGUGAUCCGGAUGACGAUAGAUACCUCAUCAACGCCUACGGUCCCACGGAGACCACCAUAUUUUGCACAGCGGAGGCUUGUGUUCAGGGCACGCGUAGCUCCGUCAUUGGUGAUGCGUUGACUUCCGCAUUUUUUCUCAUGGCAGACCCGGAUGCCCUUGAUGCGGGAGAGCUGCGAGAAACUCCCCUCGGGCUCGCGGGCGAGCUUAUAGUCGGGGGGCCGCAGGUUGCUCUCGGGUAUCUUAAUCGCCCUGACGCGACAGCGAAAGCAUUCAUUCCAGUCAAUGCCAUGGGCCUUCCCUCUGGCACGACGCUCUAUCGUACCGGUGACAAGACUCGUGUUGUCUGGUCUCCUGAUGGCAAGCGGAAGAUCGACUUCCUCGGUCGCUUUGGUACAGAUCAGGUUAAGCUAAAUGGACGUCGAGUCGAGCUGACUGAAAUCGAGAACGUUCUUACCAGCGCGCAAGGCGUGGCAUCUGUCGCCGUCGUGGUGGCCAACCCUAAGGAAGGUGUGCGUGCUCAGCUGGUAGCAUUUCUGACAGUUUGGGCCGAUGAAGAUCGUCAAUCUGUCGCCGAAAAAUGCCGCGCUGAAGCAGAAAGGCUCCUACCGGAAUGGAUGUGCCCAGGAAACUAUACUGUUCUGGAUCAGCUGCCGUACACACCGAGCGGCAAAGUGGAUCGAAAGGUGCUGCUUAAGCUCGCCGUUGGUGAGGCUCUGAGCGACUCCGUUGUUACGAAUGCAGCCUCUGCUAGCCCCGAGAAAGCAGUAGAGAGGACACAAGAAGUCGAUUCAAGCGAAAUGGAUUCAGCUUCAAUCGUCUACCGCGGUCUAUUUGCUGCUAUCGGUGAUAAAGCUGCAGGCGCAGACUCCACAACGCCUCUUAUCGGCCUCGGUCUAGACAGCCUACGGACUAUGUUAUUCCUCCAGAGCAUGCGGGAUGACGGUAUUGAGGGUUUGGCGUUACAUCGGGUUCUUUCCUCCGUGACAAUUGACGAUUUGAUCACUCUGGUAGAGUCUAAAAACCCGGCCUCCAAAUUGUCUUUAGAUCAAAGGGUGGAAAUGGGCACGCAUGAAAGCGAUGUCCAUGUGGGGGGAAAUGGAGUUGACGUUUCUUCCAUCCCCGCUGAUGAUGAGGAGGGCAUUUUCGAACUCUCUGUGCCCGACAAACUUCGUCAUUUCUCCUACCAUUGCCUACCUCAGUGCACCUCUACUCUCAAUGUCGCUCCCGUCGACAUCGAGCAGGUUUUGCCCGCUACGAAUACACAGACGCGCAUUCUCUAUUACUCUACGCGUCAUGAAUUUGUUGAUCCCCUCCGCUACUCUGGUCGACCGCAGCUUGAGCACUUCCUUUACGACUUGCCGCUCGACAAGCUUGACCCAACUCGCAUGAAGCAUGCUGUCGACGUUGUUCUCAGGAGGCAUGAUUGCUUCCGUUCGAUCUUCUGCGCCAUCAAGCAUCCACUAUCUCCCUUUGCCAUCUGCAUUCUUAACAAAGAUUCGGAGCGUGCAGCUAUUCCCACGGUCGAGAUUGUCUGCAAAUCUGACCCUAGUAAUACCAGCCUCUGGCAGCACACGCUUGUCUCAGCCCAGCGUGCUGCUGAAGGUGCCAUGACUCCAGACCGACCAGGUGUUACCGUGACUUGGGUCAGCACCCCCACAGGUUCUCGCCACGUCAUGAUUCUCUCGCUUUACCACCCCAUCUUUGACGGCGUCAGCCUGGCUCAUCUUCGCGAAGAGAUCGCCGCAGAAUACGCCUAUCUCACCAGACCAGCUGGUAUCAGGAACUUGACAGAUAAGGGCAGAAAGCUCCCACUCUUGCCCAUGCGAGAUACUGUCAAGCUUCUGUUCGAAGGCACUGACUGGGUGGAGAGCAUGUUUUAUUGGAUGAAGCGUUUUGCCGGUGUUUCUUCUUUCCGUUUCGGAUCUAGUCAGCCCGUUUCACAAGCUGUGGUGCCACCCACAGAAGUCGGACUGGUCGAGACGCAUAUGCGCACCGCCACCCUCCGCAGCAGUCUCUCUAUGGACGAUCUCUCCAACAAAGCGCUAUCGCAGCUCGGCACAAGCAUGGCCGCAGUUGUACAGGCCGCAUGGGCUAGCGUGCUGGCUCAAACUCGCAAUGCCAACGAGGGCAAGCUGGACGUGCAGUUCGGUAGUAUCUUGCAUGGCCGAAACACGCCUGAUAUGUGGCGCUGCAUGGCCCCGCUACUGACAACAGUUCCAAUGCAUGUGCCUCUCCAAAAGAACGGACAGAACAAGAACCCGACCAACCGCGAGAUUUGCCAUCUGCUCGCUGUUCAACAUGCUGAGGUCGCGCCCUUCAUCGACGUCCCUUGUCCGACAGAAGACACUUUCGAGAUGGGGGCCGACCGAUUUGACACUGCUCUGAACCUCCAGGCAUAUCGGAGUGAGACGGUUCCCUCUUCUGACAUUGCCGGUUCCAGAACUCCACGAGACCUCCCUGGCUGGAGCACCGAGCAGAACCUCCUAUCUCCAUAUAAAGAGGUUGACAUUGGAUUCCCAAUCAUGAUGGAGGUGUGGCCGGCAUUUGGACCGGAAGGUCCAGACUGGAGUGAAAAGAUGACACUGAAGUGUGUUUAUAAUGUGCGGAAACCUGGCUAUGAGUUUCUGAAUGAAAAGUGGGUUGCUAGUAUUGUGGGUGCUUUUGAGGAUUCGCUGGUGAGGCUUCUGAAGGACCCGGAGGCUGAGUACUACGUUGGUUUAUGA